AUGACGGAAUGCCUCCUUACGCGGUCGCAGGACCUCCUUCGCAGUGAGCCGAUUGAAGUCAUGCUGGGAGCUGCCCUGCAUGCAUUUGUCCGUGUAUUUCCAGACCGCGGUCUCCCAGCCAUGUUCAACGAGAGCCAUGGUCGUGAUGCUCUAGGGGACCGAUGCGACAUAUCACAAACGGUGGGCUGGUUCACCACAAUGGCGCCUGUGGCUUCCAGUGUUGGUAGUAGUGUCCUGGACACCGUUCGUCGGGUCAAGGACGCCCGCCACCAGCUGCUGCGAGGAGGUUGGCCUUACUUAGCCAGCCGGUAUCUGACGCCCGAAGGCCAAGCAAGCUUCGGUGGCCAUUUCCCAAUGGAAAUCAUUCUUAACUACCUUGGUCGAUACCACAUCUUUGAACAGGGUGACGGCUUGUUCGCUCGUCUCCCGGCUCCCGACCUCCCCUGUCUCUAUCCAGACUUGAAGCAAUUCUCUCUGUUCGAAAUUCUGGUCACCGUAGAUAUUGGGCAGUUAGAGGUCAAGUUCUUGUACCCUCGGGAUAUCAAGCACCAAUCAAGGAUCGAGGAAUGGAUCCAACAGUAUCGGAUCCUGCUCGAAGAGGCCUUCACCGGCACAGAACCGUUGCUGUCUCUAAACGACUUCCCACUUCUCAGUAUGGGUUAUAAAGACCUGGACCGCCUGGCUAAAGAAAUUCUCCCCACGAUCCGGGGCCCCGCAACUCUGACCAAUCUUGAGGAGCUAUAUCCUUGUACCCCCAUCCAAUCCGGCCUUUUGGUCUCACAAGCCCGCAAUCCUGCUUACUAUGAAUACGCCACCAUCGCAGAAGUUUAUCCUCCAGCUGCCGGCCAACUCGUGGACGCAAAAAGACUUGCCCGGGCCUGGCAAGAGCUUGUUAGGAGACAUUCGAUUCUGCGCACGGUCUUCGUUGAGAGUAUCUCCCCGGACAGGCUAUGUGAUCAGGCAGUCCUACGUGAUUGGAAUGGAGAAGUCAUGUAUCCCCAGGUUGACUCUCGUGAUCCAACGGCUAUUCUCGAGGAUCUGCCGGGCAUUGAAUUCGCCCCUGGUCACUCUCUACACCGACUUGCUAUAUGUGUUGCAGAGAAUGGAGCGGUGUUCGUUCGGCUUGACAUGAACCAUGCCAUCAGUGAUGGGGCGUCGACAAGUAUUCUAUUUCGUGACCUUGCCCUAGCCUACCAUGGUAAACUCGUCGGCUCACCGUUAUCUCAGUACCGCGACUUCGUUUCCUUUCUCCUUCAGGAUGACAAGCAAAAGCACCUUGCCUAUUGGGUCGAUCGCUUGUCUGGGGCCGAACCCUGUCUUCUCCCUCUCUCUGUCCACUCUGAGGGCCCAUCGAAUGAAAUCGAAUUCACACGAGUUUCUCUACCACAGCCAGUUUCUCAACUACGAACCUUCUGUAUCCGCAACGGGGUUACACUGUCCACUCUCUUGCAAGCUGCUUGGGCCAUGGUUUUGCGCAUAUACUGCGACAGUGAUCGUGUCUGCUUCGGUUACCUUGUGUCGGGAAGAGAUGUCCCUAUUGAUGGUGUUGAGAAUGUGAUAGGACCUUUCCUCAAUAUUCUCGUCUGUCAGCUUGCAUUCGACUUGCAUUUUUCUCCUGAUUACCAUCAUUCACCCACUGAGUAA